UUUACAUUGAUCAUUUGUUUUCGCAACAUGAGAGUAUGUUGCAUCGUUAAAUAUUUUUAAGCAAUGUAUUAUAGUGAGAACACUUUUCAAUAGAACAAAGGCAUGAUUUUAUCGAAUGAAAAAUUUAUAGAGUCGUAGACAGACCGGUUAAAAAGGAUUAAAAUCAAUGAAACAUAGUAAAUAUAAAUGUGAAACAAUUUACUGAUUGCUUCUUACGUUAAUGACGUCAGUGGUGUACCGAUACUAAAACUUUUAUCACCUGUAAAGGAUUGGCGCCCCGGAAAUUGCGAGCGGUCUAUCAAAAAUUUUAUUUUUUUCAAAAAUGUUACAUAAACAUAUGUUCGCGCAAAGAGCAAUAGUUCUACGAUCCAUAUUCUGAUUAUUUGAUAAGCAUUUAUUUGAUAUAUUUCAACCUUUAAGUAAAAAAUUCGCUCUUCUCCAUACGAGUGUCAACAUAUGGAUGGAGUACAUAGGUAUACAUGGAAUAUCCGAUUGAUCCUCAUAAUAAACAAUAACUCUAAAGGAAUAAUAGGAUAUAUCGAAAGAAAUCAAAGAAGACUGAAGAGAAAAAAAAAUGGCAAACACGGCGCAUUUAGUCCGUCGUCAAAGUUCCCGAGAUUUAAAGCCACAAAAGAGCGUCGAUAAAUUGGAAAUGAAAGAGAUGAGAGGUAGAUUAGUCGUGGACAAUCGUAAAAAUAUUACCAGUGUCAAUUACGGAGCUACGAACGCAGCCUUUGAUGAUUCCAGUCCAAAUAAAAAGAGUAAACCGAUGAACGAAGGUGAAAAUAGUAAAUUAGGGAGUAACGAAGGUAAAGGAAUUUUUCGACCAGAAGCUGGCGAGGAUGAACGUGAAAAUUGGGAUAGCAAACUCACGUUUCUUUUGGCUACUGUCGGUUAUGCCGUUGGCCUCGGAAAUGUAUGGAGAUUUCCUUAUUUGGCACAAAAAAAUGGUGGAGGAGCAUUUCUGAUACCCUAUUUUGUUAUGCUGGCGAUCGAGGGUAUUCCUAUAUUUUACCUUGAAUUGGCUAUCGGCCAAAGAUUAAGAAAAGGAGCCAUCGGUGUUUGGAAUCAGGUUUCGCCAUACAUGGGUGGUAUAGGUGUUAGCAGUGCUGUCGUAUCUUUCAACGUGGCCCUUUAUUACAAUACUAUUAUCGCUUGGUGCCUCUUUUAUUUUGUUCAGAGUUUUCAAUCACAAUUACCAUGGGCCGAAUGUCCGAAUAGAUAUUUUCAAAAUGGAUCUUAUGCACCGGAACUAGAAUGUUUGCAAAGCAGCCCAACUCAAUAUUUUUGGUAUCGGACGACUCUGAUGAUCUCUAAAGAUAUUAAUACCCCGGAAGUAUUUAAUUGGAAGAUUGCACUGGCUCUAGUUAUUGCUUGGAUUUUGGUUUAUAUGUGUAUGAUCAAGGGAAUCGCAUCGUCAGGCAAGGUCGUUUACGUGACUGCUACGUUUCCAUAUAUCGUGUUAAUUAUUUUCUUCUUCCGAGGCGUCACUUUACCGGGAAUGUCAGAUGGAUUACGGCAUCUUUUUACACCAAAGUGGUGGACACUUACAGAUCCAGUAGUAUGGUUAGAAGCUGGUACUCAAAUAUUCUUUUCUCUUGGCUUGGCAUUUGGAGGUUUGAUAGCCUUUUCUUCCUAUAAUCCAGUAAAUAAUAAUUGUUAUCGUGACGCGAUCAUGGUUAGCUUUACGAAUUGCUUCACAUCUAUGUUUGCCGGAAUUGUUGUUUUCUCGAUUAUAGGAUUUAAAGCGACUAUGGUUUACGAAGAAUGUUUGACAGAACGAAAUACAUUGUUAAUUAAUAUUUUCGGUACCGAAGACAAAAUACCCGAUGUCAUACCCGAUGCAAAUACGUUACUUAAUGUUACUACCGGAAAUGGUUCUUUGGACAAUUUAAUUAUGCCAAAAUUGCCGGUAUGCGAUCUAGAAAAGGAAUUAGAUAAUUCAGCAUCAGGUACUGGUUUAGCAUUUAUUAUCUUCACAGAAGCCAUUAAUCAAUUCCCUGGUGCCCAAUUUUGGUCGAUUUUAUUUUUCUUAAUGUUAUUUACCUUGGGUAUCGAUUCUCAAUUUGGUACACUAGAAGGCGUCGUUACGAGUAUUGUUGAUUUGAAGCUUUUUCCCAAUUUACGAAAAGAAAUCUUAACAGGUGCAAUUUGUUUGGUGUGUUGUAUAAUUUCAAUGGCUUUCGCUCAUGGUGCUGGCAGCUAUGUCUUCGUACUUUUUGACAAUUUCAGUGGAAACUUUCCUUUAUUGAUCAUCGCAUUUUUCGAAUGCAUUGGAGUAUCUUAUGUGUAUGGAUUAAAAAGAUUUGCCGAUGACAUAGAGUUAAUGACGGGUAAUCGUCCUGGACUUUAUUGGUUGAUUUGUUGGAAAUAUCUCAGUCCUUUGGCGAUGUUAAGUAUCUUGAUUGCUUCAUUCGUCGAAAUUAUUAUGGAAGGGAGUGGUUAUCCAGCAUGGGUAUCAAGUUUAGGUACAACGGAAAAACAUGAAUGGCCAAUAUGGGCUCUCAUCCUUAUUGGUAUUCUUAUUCUUGCAUCCGUUCUUUGGAUACCUGCAGUUGCCAUUUGCAGAUGUUUUGGUAUUCUCAUAAUUGAUGACAAUGAAAAAGCCUGGUUCCCGGCAGCAGAUUUGAAAGAAUUUCAUGGAAUCGUACCCCAUGAAGUUACUGCUGCUGAAACUUUAUUAUUCUGCAUAAGAACCGAUGGUACAGAAGGACUAUGUUGUCCAACAGGUGGUCCUAGCGAUGAUGACGAGGAUCUCUCCUAGGAAUGGUCUUAUUUAUUCUAUAUUGAUAUUCGUUUAAUUGCUUUUUAACUCGAGAAACAGAUGUUUCUUUUAAAGAAAUAAUUGACAUAAUUAGUAUUUACGUUUGAUUGAUUCAAUGAUAUCAGAGUCUUUAUUGAUUUAUUUUCAUUAUUAAUCAUAUUUAAUUAUAGGAUUCAUCGAGUCAAUUAAUCUGAAAAUAAUAUGAAUUCAUGAAUUACGUGAGAUAUAACAUUUAUCUGAUAUAUGAAAAUUGAUGAGGAUUUAUGAGGACAUUAUUAUAUUGUUACUGUUUUUCGUGAUUUUAAACAACAUCAUGUGUCAAUAUUAGUCAAGAGAAAUACUGAAAUCUGUUCAAAGUUUUGGAAGUUUACAAACAUAUUAGAUAUUAGGUAAGGAAAUAUACAGUACUAAUAUUAUUAGAAGCUAAAAAUGGAUACAAAUCGUCGUUUUGCUGUAUUCGUAAACAUAUACAGAUAAAUGAAUGAAAAUUUGAAUUUCAUGAAAAAAUAUCGCGACUGUAUUUUUCGUACGUCGAAUAUAUUGCUAUUACGCUUAGCAUUGUCUUCGACGUGUAACUUUCUAUUUACAUAUUAGGAAAAUAACGUAUUAUACUCGAAAUGCGAUGCAAUUUAUAAGUUUUUUUUAAAAAUAUUUUAUUCUCUCAUACGAUAUUUAUUAUUGCUUGUAUCAGACAAUGUCUCUUAAUGAUACAGUAUUCUAUAUUCUAAAUUAUCGAUAAAAACUUGUUAAAUACUAUAAUAUUUUCAUGUGUUUCCGUCUAGCAAACGUCAAUACUGUCAUAUACUAAGGUUGCU